AGACCGUCAGAAUCUGUUGGCCACCGGCAGUGCAGUUGUCAGUGCGGCGGCGUGUCUGACUGAGAUGACCAAGAGCACUAAGCUGUUGGCUGCGCUUGUGGAUGAGGAGGAUGAACGCGACGAUCUCUUGCUGUGCGGCCGUAAUCUUGCGGAUGCCACGUCUAAGCUGUUCCAGGCUGUCAGCCCUGACUCAGAAAUGGAGCGCAAGGACCUUAUCCUCACUGCCAAUGCCGUGGGCUCCAAUGUACAGGAUCUGCUGCGCCUGGUGCCGGGUGAGUUGGAUGUGGACGAAAAGGUGCGUGAUGAUCUGUGCGAAUUGGCACGAGACAUUGCAAAGCUGUCGGCUACACUCAUGAACUCUGCCAAGGCCGUCGCCAACAAAGCUAAUGAUCCAGCCUCCCAGUCCAAGGUGAUAGAGAGUGCCAAGGCUACGGCUAUCAACGCCUCACAACUCAACGCAGCCACGCGUGUGCUAGCACCCACCAUCAACCACAUGCAGUGCCAAGACGCCCUGGCUCAGGCAGCACGCAAACUGUUGGAGGCUGUGAAUGGUCUCAACGCCAGCUGUCGCGACGCGACAUCAGACGAGAAACUGGUGGAUGAAGUAGACGAGAAUGCACUCAAGGUCAAACAAGGCAUUGCUGCACUGGUCAAACGCGUUAAAAACGCGGGAGAGGCAGUGGAGAAGGAGACGACGUACGACGACAAGGCCCGCGCUAUCAACGCUCGCGUGGAACAUCUGGAUGUGCACGAUUCGGAGGAGGUAGCGGCAUUGGUGAUUGACAUCGGAGAUAUGAUCAACAUCAUCAAUCUGGAUGCAGACAACGAACCCGAGAACAGAAGUCGGCUAUAUGAUCUGGCCAAAGGUCUGCGUGAUGCGUGCGAAGGUCUCGAUGGCAACCCACAGGGACUGGAACAGCUCAAAGAACUCACGGGACAAGCCGCCCAGGACGCUCACAAGCGCAAGGUACUGCGUGAUUUAGAAUUGGCUGUCAAGAAGACGGCGCAGGUGUCACUGCAGCUCAUCUCCGCCGCUACCAAUGCAUCAGCCACCAACCGAAACGCAGCCUCACAGAAACAACUCAUGGAACAG